AUGGAAGAAAGACUGCUUUGUGAAAUUUGUGUAAAGUAAGAGAAGAUGGGUUCUAAUGAUUGCAUUUCAUUGGAAGAUGCAAACUAUGUUAUUAAUAAUUAUAGUAAAAAAAUUGAAAGCAAUUUACAUCCCUAUUUGAAUGAGAUUUAAAGAAAAAUCUAAUCUAUUGAAUAGUAUAUUGAUUAAUAAAAGAGUAAUUUAAAUAAUCUUUUAAAUUCAAUUCUGAAAAAUGUUUAGUAAUGGCAUUAAAACUUAGAAGAAGUGAUUAAGAUAAAUAAAAAUGAAAAAGAGUUUUUAAAUAUAUUAGAUAACAUAAAAAGGAAUGAAGAGGAUUGGUUAUAAGAUUGUGAAUUAAAAAUAACUUAUGAAAUUUAAUAAUUAGGAUAUACUUAUUACCAUAAAAUUGAUAAAAAAUUAAAAAAAUAUGCUGAUUAAUUAAUGGAUUUUAAAUUAACUGAAAAAGUUAUCGAUAUAGCAAGAAUAAGCUAAGAAAAGUGUUGGAAUGUUUAUAUUGAUACCUCAACUAUUAAAAAAAAUUAAUUAGUUGUAUUAAUAUUAUUUAAAUUAAGUAAAAAUUUAAGUUAAUCUAAUGCCCUGAACAUAAGAGAAUAGCAGAAAAAAUUAAUAUAGAAAAGAAUGUUCCAAAAAAUAAAAGAAUUUUAUGCCAAGAGUGUUAAUUAAAUGGAUUAGAUAUAGAAUCAUUCAUAAAGACAUGGGAUAAAAUUCAAUAUGAGAAAAUAGACUAAUAAUAAAAGGCAUAGAAAUAUUUGUAAGAAUGUUAUACAAAUUCUCUUUCAAAAUUAGAAUAGCUAAGAAAUGCUUAAUACAAAAAUUUAACUGGUAUGAUCAAUUCAGUCCAUCUCAAAAUUGUAGAUGGAUCAAAAUGUUUUUAGCAAAUAUAUUUAUAAUCUUAUGAUUUUAGUAUAGAUAAGUUUCAGGAACUUGCUGAAAUGUGUUGUUAAGAAUAGGAAAAAUUUGAACUUCAAACAAUCUCUUAAUUUCUAAUACUCCUAUAUUAAUAAGGAAAAGCUAUGGUAUAAGAUGUUAAAUAAAUUUUGAUCAAAUCAAGGUACGAAAAUGGAAUUCAACGUAAUAUUAUUUAAGAUUCUAUAAAAGAAGAAGAAGUAACCAAUAAUAAUUAAGUUUAAUUAUUAUAGCCUGAAAGUUUAUCUAAAACAUUUUAAAUUUAAUUAAUGUUACCAUCUUAUUAGGUUGAUCAAUAAGAAAUAUAUUCAAUGGCAUUUAAUAGAAAUGGAUCUUUGUUAUUAACAGGAGGAGAUGAUGAAAUUAAGAUAUUUUCAUUCUAAGAAGGAAAAAUAGAGCCAUUAAAGAAAAUGUCUUGUUAAAGUAGUGUUAGUGCUUUAUCAUUUAGUUAACAAUCCAAUAAUUUUAUCUCUGGUCAUAUUGAUGGAAGUCUUUAAAUAUGGAAUCAAAAAAAUCGAUUUGAUUAUCAAAAUCUAAUUUAUGAAAAUUUACAUAUGGAAAUAAUAAGAUGUUUAAUUAUAAAUAAAUAAGAAAACGAAUUGAUAUCAAGUGCUGAUGAUUCAAUUAUUAGAGUUCAUUCCUUAAACUUAUCUAAGAGUUAAUUAUAAUUUAAAUAAUCAUUAAAAAAACAUUAAAAAAAUGUUACAUCAAUUUGUUUAAAUCAAUCUGAAACUACUUUAUUAUCUUGUAGUGAAGAUGGUUAAAUAAUUGUUUGGAAAUAAAAUGCAUAUCAAGAUUGGGAAUUCAAAAAUUUUAUUAAUCAUUCUAUUAAAUAUUAUGGAAAGAAAAUAAUUUUCAUUAGAGAUAAUUAGUUUAUUUGGACUUAAUUUAAUGAAAAAAACAUUCUUUUAUUUGAGGAAAUAGAUAAUAUAUUUAUUUAAAGAUCUCAAAAAAGCAUAAUAAAUAAAAAUUAGUAAAGUGUUAAAUUUCCGUUUAUCUAUAAUUCAUAAUUUAAUUUAAUUAUUUGUAAUCAUGGUAAAACCAUAUAGUUGGUAACAUAAUAAUCGAGUGGAUCAUUUCAGAUAGUGUCAAGUUUUUAGAAUUAAUCUAAUGGAUAAUAGAUAGGAGUUGCUACAAAUGAUUCUAAAUAUAUGGUCAUUUGGAACGCAAAGCAGUCAGAAUUUAAGAUAUUUAAAUUGUAUUCUUGA